AUGAGCACUCGCACUUUGCACCCUAAAACAUGGACUGAUCACCCAUUCAUUAAGCCGAGAGCACGCACCUCGCACGGCUCUCAGUUCGUCGGACGAGCGAAAAACCGCUACCUCGUCACCCGCUUCGGCUCGACCGGACCGUUCGGACAGGUCGGUCGGGACGUUCGGCCGCUAUCGGGUCAUGAUCGACCAUCGUACGAUUGGGUCGAUCGUGGCCGAGAGAUUUCUCGUUCGUUUGUCGGGUUCGGCCGGCGGAUGAUAUUGGUCGAAGGUUCUGGCCGGACGAGAGACGAUGCCUUCCUGGUCGGACGGUGUGAUCGUGCGCAAGGCACGGAUUGUGUUGCGCUAUGGAUCGGUGAUGCCUUCCUGUUCGCGCGGUGCGGUCGUGCGCGGCUUAUGGUGGCGAGACUUGGAUGGGUAGACCAUGGGCUAUUGCUUCCCGGGUCGUAUGCGUGCUCGGCCGUGCACUAG